CCUGCGCGGCGGCGGCAGCGAGGCGGGGGAGCGAGUGAGCGCGAGGGGCGGGCGCGAGUGACUGUGUGAGUCACCCGUACCUGGAGUGCGAGCGACGCAGAGCCAGCGGCGCGGAGCCGGAGCCGGAGCCGAGCCCCAGCGCCUGCGAGCCCGAGAGCGCGGCCGGCCCCAGGCGCCAGGCCCCGUCGCCCUCCCCGUGCACUCACCCGGGGCCCGGCGCCGACUCCCUACCCGGCGCCCUCCGCCCGCAGCCCUCCCGCCUGCCAGGAGGCGGUGCGGGGCUCGCCGGGGGAUGUCACAGCGGCUCCUGGGAGCCAGCAGCCGCCGCCGCCGCCCCCGGUAACCGCGAUCAUGAACCCCCAGUGCGCCCGUUGCGGAAAAGUCGUGUAUCCCACCGAGAAAGUCAACUGCCUGGAUAAGUAUUGGCAUAAAGGAUGUUUCCAUUGUGAGGUCUGCAAGAUGGCACUCAACAUGAACAACUACAAAGGCUAUGAAAAGAAGCCCUAUUGUAAUGCACACUACCCAAAGCAGUCCUUCACCACGGUGGCAGAUACACCUGAAAAUCUUCGCCUGAAGCAGCAAAGUGAAUUGCAGAGUCAGGUCAAGUACAAAAGAGAUUUUGAAGAAAGCAAAGGGAGGGGCUUCAGCAUCGUCACGGACACUCCUGAGCUACAGAGACUGAAGAGGACUCAGGAGCAAAUCAGUAAUCCAAAAACCUAUUUUUGCUUUUAAGAAUGCAAAUCAAUCAUCUAUUACACUGGCAGUUACAUUUAAUAACAGUUCUUUCUUUGGAUUAUUUUUGGCAAAUGUUUAUCUAAAAAAUAAUUCUGCCAAAAACAGUUAUAUCAUACAUCUUCAACAAUCACUGAAUUUUAUUUC